GGGGAGCUGCGCGCAGUCGAUGCCGACGCCGGGUCCCCGCCGAGGGGGGGUGAAAACCACCUCCUUCCUCCCUCGGGGCACAGCUGCCGGCAGCGUGGUGGCACCGCCAUGUGCUGCCAGCCUUCGCGAGGGGCCGGGGACGUGCCACCUGCAGGCACUGCCAUGUGCCGGGGGGCUGCUUCCACCUCGGUGUCUCCCCCCUGGGGUCUCCAGGCAACCCCCCGGGGAGGGGAGCACCGCAGGGGUGGGUGCCAGUGUGCUGGGGUCUUUGUGCUUUGCCCCGCGCCAUGGUUUUGGUAGGUUUUGGGGUGAAUCCUGUUGCCAUUGGGACCGGGCACGUGCCGGGCUCCCAGAGCAGCAUCACCCCCAUGGGGGGACACGGGCCCACACGCCCCACGCUGGCUGCAGGUGCCCCGGGUGGGGGCUGGGUCCCCCCUCCCCCGGGGACAUCCGGGCGCCGACCCACCGUGGCGAGGUGUGUGACGCCAGCAGCGGAGCCGAGCCUCAUAUUUGGGCACGGAGUAGGUUAUUGGAGGCCGGGGCCCCGCCAGCCGGGGAGAUAACCCGCCUGAUAACGGCGCAAACGCUGCCGCCGCCUCCAUUGGCUCCCGGUUUUGGCGUUGCCUAUAUAUCACCCUCCCCGCGCCGGGGGGUCCGGGACGGCAGGAUGGUGCCCAUCGGGGCGCUGGGGCUGCUCCUGUGCGUGUGGCUCUGCGGGGGACAGCACCAGGGUAGGGGGCAGCCGUGGGGCAGCCGUGGGGCAGGGACCCCCCCUGGCCGCACACCGGGCUCAGCACCCUCCUUUGCCGCAGGCGCCGGGGAGCUGCGGCUGGUGGGGGGCGGCGGGCGCUGCGCCGGCCGGGUGGAGGUGAAGCACAACGGCGAGUGGGGCUCUGUCUGCGUCUACGACUUCGACUGGGAAGCCAGUUGGGCCACCGUGGUGUGCCGGCAGCUGGGCUGCGGCCGGGUGACCAGGGCGUCUGCCUAUGCCCCGUUCGGGGAGGCCACCGGCCGGAUCUGGCUCCAGCCCUUCUUCUGCCGGGGCAACGAGAAGAAGCUGCAGGACUGUCCCCACUUUGGCUGGGGACAGCACUUCUGCGACCACAAGCGGGACGUAGGGGUGACGUGCGCAGACGCGGUGGAGCUGCGGCUGGCAGCCGGCGGGGGUCCCUGCGCCGGAAGGGUGGAGGUGAAGCUGCAGGGACGCUGGGGCUCAGUAGGGGACGACCAGUGGGACAUGGAGGACGCCGAGGUGGUGUGCCAGCAUCUGGGCUGUGGCUCGGCCGCUGGCGCCCACUCUGCCAGCGGCAGCUUUGGCAAUGGGGAAGGCCCCCUCAGCCUGGCUCUGGUGGACUGCCACGGGGACGAGGCCACCUUCUGGGACUGCGAGAUCCGCGGCUGGGGACCCUACGCCGCCCCUCACAACUUCGACACCGCCGUCACCUGCCAAGGUAGGAGCUGGGCGACGGUGGGGACACGCGGCAGUGCCGGCACAUCCCUCACCGUGACCCCCGCGCCGCUCCCGGCAGGGUUUGCCCGGCUGGUCAGUGGCGACGGUGCCUGCGCCGGGCGGCUGGAGGUGCGGCACGGCCGAGCCUGGGUCAGUGUCUGUGAGGACGCCGUGGACAUGGAGGCCGCCCGGGUGGUCUGCCGGGAGCUGGGCUGCGGCCAGGCACUGGCCGUUCCCGGCACCGGCCGCUUUGAGGCGGGAACGGGCCCGUUCUGGGAGGGGGGGUUCAGCUGCACCGGCACCGAGCCCCUCCUCGCCACCUGUGCCCGCCGGCCGGCCCACGGCCAGGGUUGCGCCGGCCACGCCAGCGUCAUCUGCUCCUCCUACACCGGUUUCCGUCUGGCGGGUGACAGCUCGGGCUGCGCCGGGCGGGUGGAGGUGGAGGUGGGGGGGACGUGGGGGUCCCUCUGCGCCACCGGCUGGGACCUGCCCGACGCCCAUGUCCUCUGCCGCCACCUCGGCUGCGGCCCCUCCGCCGCCAUCGUGCCACCGGGAGGCUCCUUUGGCGGCGGGGACGGGCCGCUGCGGCCGGACGCCUUCAGCUGCGGUGGGAUCGAGCGACACCCGGGCGAGUGCCCCACGGCGGUGCUGGGGGAGCCCGCCUGCCCCCCCGGCCAUGCCGCAGCCGUCAACUGCUCAGGCAUGGCCGAGUCCCUGCGGCUGGUGGAGGGGGAGAGCCGGUGCGACGGGCGGCUGGAGGUUGCCACGAGCUCCGGGGCUUGGGCCCGCGUGCCGGCGGGGCUGUGGGACGCCCAGCGUGCCACCGUGGUGUGCCAGCAGCUGGGCUGCGGUGUGCCGGAGAAGGUCCAUGCCGUGCCGGGCUCGGGCAGCGCGGCGCUGCUGGGGCUGCGGUGCAACGGCAGCGAGGAGAACCUGGCCUGGUGCAACGUCUCGGGGACGGCCACCACGCCGACCGGCAGCCCCGAGGAGGUGGCCGUCGUCUGCUCAGGCAGCCGGCGGGUGAGGCUGGCCGGUGGCCCCGGGCGAUGCGCCGGGAGGGUGGAGGUCUAUGUCGAGGGCACCUGGGCCACCAUCUGCCAGGAAAACUGGGACCUCCUGGAUGCCACCGUUGUCUGCCGCCAGCUGGGCUGCGGAACGGCGCUGGCGGCACCCGGCUCCGCUCGCUUCGGUCCCGGCACGGGGCCGCUGUGGCCGGAGGCCGGUGGCUGCGCCGGCACCGAGGCAUCUCUCUGGGAUUGCCCAGCCCUGGCGCGGCGCGGCUGCCGGCGCGGUGGUGGCGCGGGCGCCGAAUGCUCAGAGCAUCUCUCCCUGCGGCUGGUGGGUGGCAGCGGCCUCUGCAGCGGGCACCUGGAGGUGCGCUACAACGGGACGUGGGGACGCGUGUGUGCCAAGGGCACCAGCCCCGCCACGGCCACCGCCGUCUGCUGGCAGCUGGGCUGCGGGUCCGGGGGGAGGCUGGUGGCCGCCCCCGCCCGGGCCCCGGCCCCCGCCUGGCUGGCCUGGGUGAGCUGCAAGGAGGGGACGCGCUCGCUCUGGCGCUGCCCCUCGGCACCCUGGCGCCUGCAGGCCUGCAGCCCCGGCGGGGACGCCCACGUCACUUGUGAUGGGGACAUCGAAGGCACGAGCGGGAUGACCACCCUGUCCCCGGGGAGCCACAGCCCACAGGUUUGCCCAGAUGUCCCCAGCAGCACCGUGGCGACGGCGAGGACCGUGUCGGUGCUCACGGUCCUGUGCGUGGUCCUGGGGACGCUGCUGGGCCUGGCCGUGGGCGCCGUGGCUGUGCAGACCUGCCGUGCUCGCGGCUGGUGGCGAGGCCCCGGCAAAGCCGUGGACGCCGUCUCGGAUGCCAUCUACGAGGAGCUGGACUACGCCCUGACGCCCGAGUACCAGGAGGUGCCCAGUCGCCCAGGUGGGUGCAGCCCCCCCCGUGCCCCGUGGUUGUUCCCGAAGAGGCCGGGGGGGCUCAGCCCCACCGUAGCGCCGGGUCCUGGUGGUGCGGCACCGGCUUGUCCCCACGCUGCGGGGGUGUCCCCAGUCCCACCGCGGCCCCGCUCGGCAGUGAGGGGCUGUGGCUGCCCGUGGUGCCACCCCCAGCAGCCCGUCCUCCCCCUGCCAGGCUCCCCGUCGGAGGAGUCCGGGGCAAAGCUGCCGUAUUACAGCGGGGACAGCGUGGAGGAGCGUGACACCAAGGCAGCCCCAGGCUCCACCGCCCUGCCCGAGCACGGCCCCCCCGACGGCUACGAUGAUGCCGCGGCCGUGCUGGAAGAGCCCCCCGCUGCUGGCACUGGGGACAUCUGCGAGGGGGUGGCACGGAGGAGCUGGAGCUGUGUCCCCCCCACAGGUGGGAGCUGCCCCCCGCCAAGUCCCCCAGGAGACACGAGGGACCCCCCGGGGGACACAAACUAUGACGACGUUGGCGUGGGCACCCUGGGGACAUCGCUGUGAGGAUGGCCGGGCCGCACCGGGGGGGUCCCUGGGGACACGCCUGCGGGGUGGCGGGGCUCUGUCCCCACGGAGGGGUGGCCCUGGCCGCAGAGGAGGUCACCGCUCCCUGCCCAGGACCGC